GCCCCGCCUCUGGCCUGGAGCGCGUGCGGAGUUCGCAGCGCCCCGGAGGAGAACGCCCGCGGCGAGCCAUGGCGGUCGCGCUGCCGGAGGUCGUGGAGGAGCUCCUGAGCGAGAUGGCCGCCGCUGUGCGGGACGGCGAGAGAAUUCCUGAUGAACAUCUCUCAUCGCUGAAGUUCGUGUUUGGCCCGUCAGCCAUCCAGGCCUUGGAUUUAGUUGACCGAGAGUCUGUCACUUUAAUCUCAUCACCCAGUGGAAGGCGUGUUUACCAGGUGCUUGGGAGUUCUGGCAAAACAUACACAUGUCUGGCUUCCUGUCAUUACUGCUCAUGCCCUGCGUUUGCCUUCUCAGUGUUACGGAAGAGUGACAGUCUGCUGUGUAAGCAUCUCCUGGCAAUUUAUCUUAGUCAGGUCAUGAGAAACUGCCAGCAACUCAGUGUGUCAGACAAGCAACUGACAGACCUAUUAUUGAUGGAGAAGACACAAGAAGCAUAAAAGGUGCAGGUGGGACAGCUGUCAAGACAGAAGCCUACCAGGAAAUAUGUUCAACAUUUCAUGGAUCACAAGGUGGAGGGAUAAGAUACACUUCCGGACUUAGGACUGUCACUUUGUCCUCAUAGGCUGCAGAGAGGGCUUUGGGUUGGCACUGUACGCUGCCAUCCUACAGUGUGGUGAAGAGCUUCAUAUGGUCUUGACAUGAACCAGCCUCUGAGUUCCAUGGGUAGAAACAUCCCUGGGUACAAUUCAGUGACUCAAAUAAAGCCUAAUACCAUGUGUCUGCAACUAGAUCAGAUUACUAAAGUGCUAGUAACUCUGUUAAGGUGGGAUGAUAGACCAAACUGAGUAAGAGCAAGUUUAAAUGAGAAAAUUAUUCCUUAGUAAAGGACAAGAGCAGACAUGUAGCUAAGUGGCAGUAAGUAUGAGAAGAUGAGGGGUCUUCUGCUAAGCUCAUCUGUGUGCUGCUGUCAGGCAGCUGACAGAGUUGCACUGGGAGAAAUGGUGUGGAGAAUAGGGAGAGCUGGGUCUGCUCUGUGAGCAUUUCUAGGCUUUUAUAGCAGGAUAAAGACAUACUAAAGCCCUGGAAGGGAACUAGGAAUUUCACAUGAGAAAAAAAAGACAAACUAGGUACCAGGAGUGGUGUUGGAGAGAAGAGACAGGAUAGACCCAGAGAGAGCAAAGAAACAAGAAAAUAACUAUGAAGAGAUGAGACACUCAGAACAAAGGACCAAUGAGAAAAUAACUAUGAAGAGGAACCAGUCUAGGAAAAGGAUGUAAGAGGUAAAGCCAUGACAGCUAGAUGACCCUAGCUCCCAUCCUUUUAGGAACUGAAACAGGUGACUUCAUAGCCUAGGGUUGCCCCUGCCACAUUGUUGUGCCCCAAAACACAAACAGUUAUUCAACAGCUGCUGUAUAUAAAAAAAAAAAAAAUACAUAUUGCAGUUCUCUGGUUGGCUGAGCAUUAUGUUGAGUUGCAACAAAGAAAAAACUCAAGAUUUUGCUAGUUGAGACACUUGGACUUGGUAUGAGCUUCUCCUUUAAACGGCCUGUAGGGUUAGUUAGGUACAAGCAGCGCAUUAAGUACAGCAAGCCAGUGGAGCACUAUGAACGUGCUUUUUACAAAGGGUUAUUUCACUGAAUACAAUACACGAUUAGGUAUUUUUGUGUAGUAAAAUUUUCACACUGUGGGGGUCCAAUAAAUUUCAACUUUGGAGAGAAGCAAACCCAGCACUGGGUGUAGAAGCACGGUUCUAGUUGAGGAAGGACUGGAACCAUUUAUCCAGUUUUUACCUCUAGUAUUUUGUGUACACGGAAAAUAUUGAACUUAAAUUGUUUUUGUAAUUAUAAUUCUACUUCCAAACUUAGGAGAAUAUCUUUCCCUAAAUUAACACAACAGUAUCUUGAUUGAAGAAUUAUACAUUAGUUUUUUUGUGUUGCUGUCCUGGGAAUAAGUAUACAUUAGUAUAGCCAAUUUUUAUUUUUCCAUUGCUGUAAGUGAAAAAUACUUUUAUUGUAAUAGUUCACAGUGUUUCACAGUAAGGUAAGUUUCAGUCACUUUCUACCACAAAUGAGGCAGAUUCUUAAAAAUAAAACUGUCUUUGGGAAUCGA